CCACUGCCGCCCAGGGAAGAGGAGCAGCAGCCUCCACUGGCCGCGCUGCAGGAAUCCGGAUAUGAUGAAGUUUUAGACUCAACCAAAAAGAAAAAAAAAGAAAAAGAAAAAGUACCGCCACUGAAACGUCGAGAACGUCGCGAGGAUUUAUUGAGGAUUUGUAAAACUUGGUUAAAACACGGAGACAAACGAAGGAGCGAGACGAACUGACAGGAGGCGAGGAGUUAGGGGAAGUUUCAACGCGUUCACCAAGUUUUCCAGAAGGAUCUACAGAAGGAGCUGGAGGAAGGAAGGAUGAGAAUAAACGUGGAGUGAAGGGAGUUGACAUGUUCGAAAGCCUGAGCUGCUGCUGCUGAGAUGAGACGUUGCUUUUCUCAGCGCUGAGGAGGAAACACACUUCUUCUUCACCCUCUUCUUCACCUUCUUCUGCUGCGUGUGUCCCCCACAAAGACACGACUGUCUCAUGUCCAAGGAGACCGUCCUUCCUCCGGAUGUGCCAGGGCCAGUCAAGGGCCCCCAGCAAGAGAGCAGUCCUCUGCUGUCAGCCUCUCACGAUGCUCGUGACAGCGAAUCGUCAGGAAGAACGUCAUCUCCCAAGAAACCAGUCGCCGGAGGACGAAGUCACGUGAGGGAUUACUGCGAGCCAGUAAGAACUCAACCUCACUCCGAGUCUCAACCCGGUCCCUUGGAGCUCGCAGAGGGAGAUGCUGUCAAGGACCAAAAUGGCCUUCCCCACAACGGCACUGGCACGGCCGCGCUGAGUAAUGGCAGAGGAAUCCACCCUGGCAUCGGUGGCGCCACACGCACGUGCACUUGCACUUGCGGUGCCAACAUCAGCACAGGCGCAGAGAGCGGCUCAGGCCCGAGCACGAGAGCGACUGAGCGGCCGACGACAGAGCAGCCCAGGAAGCAGCCGUCCACACCGGUGUCGCAGAGGAUGCAGAGGAAAUUAAGGUCCAGCUUGUCGGUCAACAGCGACAGCAGCAGACGCAGUAAAGGCAGUUCCACUGGGUCGCAGAGAGCUCCGCUUCCAGAGGACUGCUGCGUCCACUGCAUCCUCGCCUGCCUGUUCUGCGAGUUCCUGACGCUCUGCAACAUGGUGGCGACGCAGGCCUCGUGCGGCGCCUGCUCGCCAGAGGCCUGCUGUUGCUGCUGCUGCAGCGACGAUAUGGGCGACGACUGCAACUGUCCAUGUGACACUGACUGUGGCAUCAUGGACGCCUGCUGUGAGUCCUCGGACUGCCUGGAAAUCUGUAUGGAGUGCUGCGGCAUCUGCUUCCCCACAUAGGGAGGAGGCCGGCAUGGCUGCGGACCAGGGUGACUCUGCAGGGGAUAACUGGACCCCGGCAAAGAAAAUAUGGAAGGAUGCUGCUGUCACUUUGAAUUCAGCAACAAGCAGAGGGAAUAAGUGUGUGUUUGUGUGUGUGUGAAUGUGAACUAAUGAGUGCUGUUGAGUGUGUGAAAUAGUAUGAGCUGGCUGAGUAAAACGUGCGUUGAAAGAUGUAUUGACACUGGGCUCCUCCAUCAAAACCAGCAUAGCAUGGGCUAGAAGUAACUCCAGAUAUAUGAACGUGUCAUUUAAAUCUUUAGUUUAUCGUUUAAAUUUGUUUCUGUUAAGUAUUCUGUUCUUAGCGACAAAAAAAAGUAUUAUCACAGAUUUUAUUGUUACAUCAGGAAUGCUGUUUGUAUCUUAUCUUGCCUUUUUUUUUCUUUUUCAAUACUUCUGUGUUUUUUAUGCUCAGGAACUGAGGUUACAGUCUUAGUUCUGUACAACACUGUAAGAAUUAGAGAUGUUCCGAUACUCAGAAAUUAGAAAUGUAUCCAUGGUGAGUCUGCAAAUCGAUGUAACAAUCCAAUACAAGUCAUUCAAGUAGAUUAUUUCCCCCCUGGUAAAACUGAAAUUGUUUUAUCCUGAAAAUCCCUUCCAUUUCAAAACAGCAGUUGCCACUGGUUUUAGAGGGUUGGGGGUUAGGUGUCUGUAUUCAUGUGGAAUACAUUUCCCACAAACUGUUCAUCUAAUUGGCUUCACACACAAACAUGUGUGUUUUGUAAAUUAAAAGACAAAGUGCAGUGCUGAUGCCAUUUGGACCUGUGGUACCUUCAAUAUUAAUGAAAUGGGAAUAAACAGGCGACCAGCUUUUACUUUGAAAAGUUGUGAAAUUUGAAGAUUGCUUCGAUGACCUAACAGACCUCUUAUAUAACCGAGAUGCAAGCACUUAUUCUGAAGUAGAAUCUGGACGCAGCCCAGUCCAAACAGGCAGGUUUACAAAGAGCACUGCACUAGUUUUUCUAAAAUGCACCGUUCUCAGAUUGGUAACUGUCGAUAUGGAAACUCAGAAUCUAGAUCGGGAACAACAAAAUGGUAUCGGAACAUCUCUAGUAAAUAUGUUUAUGUGACAGUUCCUACUCUCUUAAAGGCAUACUGUAUUUUUGCAACACACUUUCACUUACACACAGUCUGACUGUGGCACUGUAGAACAAUUGAAACUAGUGAAAUAUCAUAGAAGAAUAGGCACGACAUGUCAUCUGCUUAGGGAAUGUUGUCGUGACCGAAUGCUUCAUGUUUUCAUGAUGACAGAAACAAACUGCACAAAAUUGUUGAUAAUUGUAAUGUUACAAAAGUACUGGAAUGUCUAUGACCAACCGCUUGAUUUGGCACUAUUUGAAUUCUUGGGUUUACUGGAAAAUACAGUGCACAUCCUCACAUGUUUAGUACAAAAGCAUCUGACCAGCUCACUGUACAGUUUCCUGCCAGAAAAACAACAUCUGCAGCUUAUGUCUUCAUUCCUUGGAACGUCCUCCUCCGCCAUUAGCCAUCAAUGAUAAGGCUUUGUCAGUGGCCUAUGGUACAAACCGUGCUCUCUGCUCACGAGGGCCUCGAUAAGGAAUUAAGAAAUGGUGACCCUGGUUGCAAUAUAAGCGGCUUUCCGGAGAAUCAAGCCCAGUGGCUCACAAUACAAAGGAAUCAUGAACUGUCACAACGAAGUGGUAAACUAAUGCAGGGUAAAGGCAGUUUUCUUCCAAUUUUUUUCUACUCUUUCUAUCUCUGUUCCUUAAUUCUGUGUAUUCAGAGAUGAGGUUGUGGUGUGAAUCACCAGCGGAGUCAUUUUCUUGUCUAGCAGAUUUGCUUUGAUGGUGUUUAAGCGAUGACGCUUAAUGCUGGCCCUUCAUUAGCACCGCUCGAUAACAACAAAAAAGAAUGUCCCUCCGUAAAGCCAACAAAGAUAAUGUGCUGGCAUGCGCGGCUCAUCUUAAUGACUUGCUGUCAUGGUGUAAGGAAUUUGGACAGGCACCUCCGUGCAACCUCAUUCUCUGGUUUAUGAUUAACUCGAGCUUCUCAUGUGCUGAGGAGUCAAGAAAACACCGUACACAUAAUGUGAAGAAUUUAUGUAAAAAAGAAAACAUGUACACAUGUAGCUACAGUCCUCCGAUACUAUACUGUUGUUUUUCAUUCUGUUCCUUACACUUGAUCCUUCUCAUUUUAAUUCCGAUGCUUCAUUUCCUAACUUGGAGUUCACAAGUUGUUAUAUUAGUUUUAUACAUUAUCUUCAAUCUCAAAGAGAAGUUUAAAAAAAAUAAAACACUACGAAAAAACGA